UCAUCUCAUCCCCAACUGCCCACCGCCUCUCAAUCGAAGAAUAUCAUAUUUUCAGAUUCACGAGCAAAUAUUAAAUUCUUUGAUAGAACUGCUUGAAUUCCCACUGGAAAUAAUAAAUGGCAGAGAGUUCGAAAUUCCAAACACAGAUAGAAAUCAAGCAACAAAUGGCGGCGGCGAGAUUCUCGACUGAGCUGACGGCGGAGGAACUACUGAAAGAAGAGAGAGUCCCAUUCCCGUUCUUUAAGCCGUUGUCUCAGAAGGGAGCCAACACGUGGAUCAUUUCUCUCUUUGUGAUCCUUCACUUGGGCUCUUUCAUCGCUACGAUGAUCGUUAAUGACUGCUGGGAGAAUUCACAUGGCGAUUGUGCCCUUAAACCUCUUCGUCGUUUCUCUUUUCAGCCCCUCUCCGAGAAUCCACUGCUCGGCCCAUCAGCUUCUGCGUUGGAUGAAAUUGGAGCGCUUAGGAAGACUUUGUUGACUAGUAAUCAUCAACUCUGGCGUAUCUUCUCAAGCCCAUGGUUGCAUGCAGGGCUUUUCCAUCUGAUCAUCAACUUGUCAUCUGUAAUCUUUGUGGGGAUUCACUUGGAGCAAGAAUUUGGACCACUAAGAAUUGGAGUUAUAUACAUAUUCUCAGCGAUUACUGGUAGUCUAGUUGCUGCACUUUUCAUUCAGGAUCGGCCAUCAGUUUCUUCCUCUGGUGCAUUGGUUGGAUUGCUUGGUACACUGCUCUCUAGCGUCAUCAGGAAUUGGAACCUUUAUACCAAUAAGUUUGCAGGGCUAGUGGCUACCAUGACAAUCCUGAUGACAACUCUUGUCCUUGGACUGAUACCUUACAUCAAUAAUUUUGCUAAUAUUGGAGGAUUUAUGUCAGGAUUCCUUCUGGGGUUUGUGCUCUUGUUCAGACCUCAACAAGAGAAACUAGCUCGUAAUAAGGGAGGCAUAUUUGAGUUUGAUGCCAAGCACAUUGUCAAGCGUAGGAACACUUUGGACAAGCCUGUUCAGAGGGGUGUUGUCCUUGUUAUCUUUGCUCUUCUGCUUGCUGGAAUUAUAAUAGCAGUUCUGCAUAGGGUUGAUGCAAACAAGUACUGUAGCUGGUGUCACUACCUUGAUUGCGUUCCAUCCAAAUGGUGGAGCUGCAUUGACAAGGCAUUUCAUUGUGAGAAGAUGGUCAACUCGGAACAUCUGACUUUGAGUUGUCCAAAUACUGGUAGAUUCAGAGUUUUUCCCUUCACUGACAUUUCAGAGGCAAGGUUUCAGGAUGUAUGCAAUUUGAUAUGUUCCUAGCAGGUUAUGGUUGAUUUGUUUGCCUACAUAGCAGAUCAGCAUCUGGUAUAUACUCUGCUUCAGAGUCCUUAAUCAAGUUGUCGUACAUAACAUUCGCAUCAAACAUGUUGCUGUAAUGGUUUUAGCUGUUGAAAUGUGGAUAACCUUGUUCCUCUGGCUUUUA